CCACGUUCAUCUCCUUCUUUGUUCGUCCCUUUCUUCCUUCCCACGCAGGGACACUGUCUACUAAUUCAGACACCCCACCCUGCAAAAAACUCAAAAAAAAGAAAACAAAAAUCGAAACGCCAUUGGGGUUCUGUUGGUUUUUCGCUGCUCGAAAUUUUUUAACUCGCCUCCAAUUUAAUGGCGGGCAGAAAGCUAGUGCGAGAUUUUCACCUCUACAGAGAACCCCUCUUUCUUCAUCUGACCUCCCAACAGCAGGUUUCGGGCACGAGAGGUCGAUUAAUUUCGGCCAAUGGUUUUUUAUGGAAUCGUCGAUUCAGUAUCUUCAAUGAGUUUUCGAAGCAAGUCAAAGGCGAAGCUACUAAGAAUCCCGAAUUUCAACAGUCUGUGAAGGAGCUGAAAGAGAAAGCGGAAGAGCUCAAAGGGGUUAAAGAUGAUUUCAAAGUGAGAACGAAGCAGACAACUGAGCAGCUAUACAAGCAGGUGGAUGGUGCUUGGGUCGAGGCAGAAGCAACGGCAAAGAAGGUUUCCGCCAAUGUAAAAGAGAAGAUCUCGGCUGCCACAGAGGAGGUCAAAGGAACUUUUGGAAUUGAGAAAGAAGAAGCUUCAGGGCCUUCUGGUGCAAAAUCUGAGCAUGUUGCUGAUGAUGGAAUGAAGGGCUCGUCUGGGGAACAUAAUCACCAGCAAUCUGGGGAAUAUAAAAACCAGCAGUCAGGGUCUAGUAGUACUGAACAAACAUUUUUUGGAAAAUUUAGGUCAAGUGUUUCUUCCUCGUAUUUUUCCUCUGCCUUCUCUAGAGUUAAGGAAGCAAAGGUUACGGACUUGGCUAAAAAAGGAUAUGACAUUGUAAAGGGUGAGUUAACUGGUACUACAACUAAGAGAAAGCACCUGGAGUUUGAUCCUUCUUCGACCCCGAAAGUUGAAACUAGUUCAAGAACGGACCUUGUUGCUGUACCCCAAUCUCGGUGGAGUAAAAAGUGGGAGGCUUUCAGAAUGAAGAUGCAAGGUUAUCCUAUAUUCAAGCGUCUUGAUGAAAUACGUAAACCAGUUACAAACAAAACCCAGGAGAUUGCUGAGGACAUACGGGAUCGUUGGGAUACAAGCGAUAGCCCAAUCGUUCACAAAAUUCAGGAUUUAAACGAAACUAUUUUUCAAGAAACAGACACCGCUGCAUCAAUCAAGGAGAUACGUCGCCGAGAUCCAUCUUUCUCUUUACCAGACUUUUUGUCAGAAGUUCAGGAUGCUGUUAAACCUGUGCUUAAUGCUUACAUCAAGGGGGAUCUUGAGACAUUGAAGAAGUAUUGUAGUAAGGAGGUGAUUGAGCGAUGUAAAGCUGAGCAUGAUGGUUUUAAAAGCCAUGGCAUCUUUUUCGAUCACAAGAUUCUACAUAUUUCUGAGGCGGAAAUAAAAGAGACCAAAAUGAUGGGACAUUCUCCCAUUAUUAUUGUAAUGUUCCGAACGCAGCAAGUGUACUGUGUACGAGAUAGAAAUGGUGAUGUAACUGAUGGUGGCAAGGACACUAUCCACACGGUGUAUUAUGCCUGGGCAAUGCAACAGGUAGAUCCAGAAGAACUUGGUGAAGGUGCUAUUUAUCCAAUUUGGAAAGUAAGAGAGAUGCAGCAAUUCGGAGUUCAAGCCCUCAUUUAGUUCUUCGCAUAAGUUGCGACCGUCUUGAUGGAUGUUGUAGCGUUUUUAUUGUUCGGAAUAUCUUCGUUUUUUCGUUCUUCCAGCGUCAGAAUUUCCCUGGGUUUUGUUAUUCACUUCUGGGGAGUUUUGUCCAUUCUUUAUGAAGGAAGUGGAAUAAUUUGUGUUUGUUGGUGCCAUCCUUUUAUUCCACGCGACCUUGGAAUAUUUUCGAAAGUUGCAGAAAAAAGAAAGAAAAGUAGAUGCAUUUUGUA